UCAGCCUGGUAUAUAUAGCCAGAGAAGCUACCAGAGGUCUCCUGGCAGCCAACAUGAAGGUCUUAGUCUCGCUCUGCGUCUUUGUGCCCCUGCUGGCACUGGCCACAGCAGAGGACGAAGCAGUUCUGGAUUCCAUCCUGAGAGACAGAUCUCACAUCGAGGAAACGCUGAGGCUCGCAGCCGAUGAGAAAGCUGGAGAUUAUGCUGCUGCGUUACAGAGGCUGAGGAAGAUCUACCACAACUCCAUCAGGCCCAUGGAGCAGGCCUACAAAUACAACGAGCUCCGACAACACGAGAUCUCAGCCUACCCGGGACGCACACUGGGGGAUUCGGCCACAGAUGGAGAAAUCACCUCCAAACCUAUGGUGCUGUUCCUUGGGCCGUGGAGUGUGGGCAAGUCCUCCAUGAUUAACUACCUGUUGGGUCUGCUGGACACCCCUUACCAGCUGUACACAGGUGCUGAGCCAACUACCUCAGAGUUUACCGUCAUCAUGCACGGCGAGAAGAUCCGCACGGUGGAGGGUAUCGUAAUGGCUGCUGACAGCUCUCGCUCCUUCUCCCCGCUGGAGAAGUUUGGUCAGAACUUUUUGGAGAAGCUGGUUGGCAUUGAGAUGCCACACUCGCUCCUGGAGAGGGUCACUUUUGUGGACACACCUGGAAUCAUUGAGAACCGCAAACAGCAAGAGAGAGGUUACCCAUUCAACGACGUCUGCCAAUGGUUUAUUGAUCGUGCAGACCUCAUUUUUGUGGUUUUUGAUCCAACCAAGCUGGACGUCGGUCUUGAGUUGGAGAUGCUUUUCCGGCAGCUGAAAGGUCGGGAGUCUCAAAUCCGUAUUAUCCUCAAUAAAGCAGACAGUCUCGCGACCCAGGACCUCAUGCGGGUCUACGGUGCUCUCUUCUGGAGUCUGGCGCCCCUCAUCAAUGUGACCGAGCCCCCACGUGUCUAUGUCAGCUCAUUCUGGCCCUACGACUAUGCCCCGGACACCAGCCGCGAGCUCUUCAAGCGUGAGGAAAUCUCCCUACUGGAAGACCUGAACCAGGUCAUUGAGAAUCGUCUUGAAAACAAAAUCGCCUUCAUCCGCCAGCAUGGCAUCCGCGUUCGCAUUCACGCCCUGUUAGUGGACCGCUACGUGCAAACCUUCAAGGAGAAGAUGAGCUUCUUUAGCGACCCCGAACUGGUUUUCAAGGAGAUUGUAGACGAUCCUGACAAGUUCUACAUUUUUAAGUCUAUCCUAGCCAAAACUAACGUGAGCAAGUUUGACCUGCCCAAUCGAGACGCGUACCGGGAUUUCUUCGGGAUCAACCCUAUUAGUAGCUUCAAGCAGCUGUCCGCCCAGUGCUCCUACAUUGGCGGUUGCCUGCUGGAGAAGAUCGAGCGCGCAAUCACCCAUGAACUGCCAUCCCUGCUCGGCAGCAUCAAUUCUGGCAAGAACCCGGCCCUGUCCUCCUGCGAGGUCACCGGCUGCGGGGAGAAGCCCAAAAACCGCUAUCGGCGAAACUGAAAGAAGAAAACCAGGCGGGAGGAGGAGGAGAGAAAAGGAAGGAGCGAACAAACCGAGGAGGAGCAGUAGAGCUAAUCCUGUUCCUGCUGCGGGUCCGUUUCAGGUCAAUGGAGACGGGACUUUUUUUUUUUUUUUUCCUGCAUGAUGUGGGGAUGUUUGAGGGAGGGGGACUCUGGGAUUGGGUUGGAGGGAGGGUGUUGAGAUGGUGUUUCAUGUGAAUGUGAGGAGAGAGAGAGCGGCGAAUUAACUCCUCUGUUUCCGCAAUACUUUUAUAAACUGUCUGCAGUUUUUGGAGGGAAAAUGUGUACGCAUGACAAACACAAAAAAAAUGGCUGACACGCUUUUAAAAACAUGUAAAAAAUGGCAAAAAUAAAAUAUCCUCAGACUGAAAA